AAGACGGCCGCCAUCUUGUUCAGGAGUGCCAUAUAUUUUAUCUGAAAAUUUUAUUGUGUUCUAUGUAUCACCAACGACUACCCUUGUCCAAAUGUUACAUAAUCCACAAAAAUUAAUUCAAUGUAAGGCUUAUUCGCCUUACUGGUCUCUAAAUGUAACUGUUUUGGAAUUAAAGGACUAAUUAUAAAGAUUUUACAGGUAUUUCAUUGCACAAGCCUUUUCAGUUACCCUGUUAAGUAGAAGGACACUAGUUGUCCUGAAAAGGUUUGUGUCCAAGAAUUGUAGAUCAUUGGUAGCAAGUAAAGACAGUAUGCCACCUCUUCCAAGUCGUGCUCGAGUGUACCCUGAUAUCAACACACACAAACCUAAAGAUUAUUGGGAUUACGAAUCACAUGUUGUUGAAUGGGGAAAUCAAGAUGAUUAUCAAAUUGUACGAAAAUUAGGACGUGGUAAAUACAGUGAGGUGUUUGAGUCGGUUAAUAUUACAAACAAUGAAAAAUGUGUGAUAAAAAUUUUAAAGCCUGUGAAAAAGAAGAAAAUCAAAAGAGAGAUAAAGAUUUUGGAAAAUUUAAGAGGAGGAACUAAUAUUAUCACUUUACUUGCAAUUGUUAAAGACCCAGUGUCUCGCACUCCUGCCCUUAUAUUUGAACAUGUGAAUAACACAGAUUUUAAGCAAUUAUACCAAACAUUCACUGAUUAUGAUAUACGUUUCUAUUUAUAUGAAUUAUUAAAAGCAUUGGAUUACUGCCAUAGUUUUGGUAUCAUGCAUCGAGAUGUCAAACCUCAUAAUGUGAUGAUUGAUCAUGAAAACAGAAAGUUACGUCUAAUUGAUUGGGGUUUAGCUGAGUUUUAUCAUCCUGGCAUGGAAUAUAAUGUACGUGUGGCAUCACGGUAUUUCAAAGGCCCAGAACUUUUAUUAGAUUAUCAGAUGUAUGAUUACUCGUUAGAUAUGUGGAGUUUAGGCUGUAUGUUUGCUAGCAUGAUAUUUAGGAAAGAACCAUUUUUUCAUGGCCAUGAUAAUUAUGACCAAUUGGUAAGAAUAGCAAAAGUUUUAGGCACUGAUGAUUUGUAUGCUUAUAUAGAAAAAUAUCAAAUAGAUUUAGACCAAAGGUUUAAUGAUAUACUAGGAAGGCAUUCUAGAAAACGCUGGGAAAGAUUUGUUCAUAGUGAGAACCAACAUUUAGUCAGUCCAGAAGCAUUGGAUUUUCUUGAUAAGUUAUUACGUUAUGAUCAUCAGGAGAGAUUAACAGCUCGAGAAGCUAUGGAUCAUCCUUACUUUUAUGCUAUUGUUCAAGAACAAGGACGAAUGUCGACAAUCAAUGGUCACUCCUCUCCAACUCCAGUAUCUAGUUCAGGACAAAUUGGAGGUCAACCGGUAAGCAGUUCUGUGGGUAUGUCAAGUUCUCCAGUGCUGACCCCAAGCAUAUCUCCCCUACCUAACAAUGCCACUACUGCACAGACGUAAUUAUGGCUUGUUGUAGACCGUUAAUACAUCAUCUACCCUGGCGAGUUGCUAUUAUCAACAACGUUCUGAGUGAUUAGUCAGCAGAAAGAUUCAGUGAAUGAAGAGCUGUAUUCCAAACUUUACUUACGUAUUUAUCCUUUAUUUUUGUGGCAUUGAUAUAAAUAUUCUUCUAAGGAGUACAGUAUUGUCAACCAGCUGAUUAUUGGAAUGGAGCUCUUCUGUUUUAGUGGUAAUGGAAGUAUAUAUUCUGACAGUGUUUAUCAAGGAGUAAAUCUAGAAUCCAAUUUAAAAUCCUUGUUGUGGUGAAAGAGUCCAUUGACUAUCAUAUUUUAGUGGGCUGAUUAUUUACCUCUUACGAACUAUGUAAAUUACUUAGGUUAAAAUAAGGCUUUGGGAAUUCAAUCUAUUCUAAGGAAAAUAAAUGUUUUUAGUUUCUAUAGCAACAACAGAUUAUUAUGUGUAUUUUGUUAAGUUACUGACAUGUAUUACUUGUUUUCUUGUUUACUAAAAAAAAUAGAAAAACACAAACAAAUUAAACAUUAGGAGAUUAAAACCUGCAUGAAAGCCUGGUUGACUAUAUCCCCACUGUUGCAAUCUAGAUUUUCAGUUGCUUUUUACUUUUACCAUGCUUUCAGGAUUGCUCUGCAGCUUUAUUGCAUGGACUAUUUGAUGAGAAACAAGGUGCUAUGCCCAGGGACUAUCAACUUUAUAAUAGAAUUAUUGGUGUAAUUCUGUUAAAGUUUAUUAAAUACUUUAUUUUGUCAGUUACUGAUAUUGCCGUUUAUUCUGUUGUUUUGAUCUUUUUUUCCAUUGAUUUUCAACAUAAGUGCUAACUAGUAAAUAUUUGUUUUGUAGAAUUGAAAAAUUCGGUUGUGUGUUGAUAUUUUAAUUUUAAAAUCGAUUUGUUCAGUUCUACUUUAUAAUAAGCAGAAAUUGUUGCAUCAUUUUUGCAACAAAUAGUUUUGUACAUCAUUUUGCCUAAUUGAAUACUAUGUAUGUUUUCAAAGUCUCUAAUGAAAUUAAAAAAUAUUGGAACUAAUG